AUGCAACCGUUCAUUCCAACCGGUAUCUCAUACUUGAUGCCUCAGGAGCGGGCUAUCAGAUUACAUGAUCUUGCAGUUUCACAGGUUACAACAGUUAGCACCAGAGGCACAAGUGAGUCCAGAAUCAGUCCCGCCGGAGUUUUAACUGAUGAUCUGCAGCAAGAGGCUGAUAGAUUGCUAGACAAUUCCCUUGCUGCUAAUACAAAAAAGGCAUACAUCGUUGGGUUAGAGAGAUUCUCUGAGUUUAAAAGACAAUACGGCUUGUCAGAUGCCUGGCCGCCUACAGUUGAACAGGUGGCUCGAUUUGUAGCAUGGCUAUCCCUACAGAAACUAUCCCACAAAACAGCAAAAUCAUACUUAAGCUCUAUAGCUUUUCAUUGCAAGCUGCUUGAUGUUGUUGACCCUACCAAAAAGUUCAUUGUUUCAAAAAUGGUGGAAGGAAUGCAAAAAGAUAAGAAAACACACGAUAAUAGGCUUCCAAUUACCCUCUCGUUACUGCAAGGGAUAGUAAGCGAACUUAAUAUUGUGUGUUCCAGUGUCUACGAAGCAAAACUGUUCACUGCAGCUUUUAUGCUAGCGUUUUUCGGUUUUCUAAGAGUUGGCGAAAUAGCUGUUCCUAAAAAGCAAGAUUACGACCAGAAGGGGCCAACCUCUGCCUUGAACCCAACAACAUCUGGUGGCAAGGGUACAUUUACUGCUUCCGACUCCAAGCAUGCGUCCACCCGCCCUGCAGCCAAAGUUCUUUGGCAGUGGCCACCCGUCAUCUCUGGCCCAGCUGGUUUCGAGGUAGGGGCAUUUGGGCCGCUGGUUUGCCGUGUAGAGUACCAAACGUCGGAUACAGGUCGGUCACGACUCCACUUCCGAUGGGGCAGUUUGUACACCUCGGGUUCAUCGACAGUCGCUUGA